GUCUAUUAUUUAUUUUUAAGUAAUUAAAUGAUUCUGCAUUUAGGGAUUUUUGUACUGUAUUUAGUAUCUGCGAUAUUGAUUUGGGAUAAAUUAAACAAAACACGUGCUUCCGAUGUGAAUUUCCCAAAGAAAAAUGAAGAAAAACGAUGAAAAUGGAAUGCAUUUGUAACUGCAAAAAGCUGCUCGCCCGUCAUGGAGCCCGGAGAAGAGCGCCGACGACCAAGCGACAGUGACCUUUCCGGCGACGUAAAAUCUCACCCUACAAUUCGUUUUAUAUUCCCCAGCAAAAUUCCCAAGGUUGAAAAUUUCGACAGAGAAAUCAGAUAUAUACACCUCAGUCAGAACGAAUUUUCAUAUAGGAAGCACAAGAAGCAGAAAGAAGAGGAUAUUGUCAUUUGUGAAUGCAAAUACAAUCCUAGUGACCCAGAGAGUGCUUGCGGUGAUGGAUGCCUGAAUGUACAUACCAAUACAGAGUGCACUCCUGGUUAUUGCCCUUGUGGUGAAGUUUGUAAGAAUCAGAAAUUUCAAAAAUGUGAAUAUGCAAAAACCAAGUUAUUCUCAACCAAUGGUCGUGGAUGGGGUCUUCUAGCUGAUGAGGAAAUAAAGGCUGGACAGUUCAUCAUUGAAUAUUGUGGUGAAGUAAUCUCCUGGAAAGAAGCUAAGAGAAGAGCUCAAGCUUAUGAAACCCAAGGUCUCAGGGAUGCAUACAUCAUUUCUCUCAAUGCCUCCGAAUCUAUUGAUGCAACUGGGAAGGGAAGCCUCGCUAGGUUCAUAAAUCAUUCAUGUCAUCCAAAUUGUGAGACAAGAAAGUGGACAGUAUUAGGGGAAAUAAGGGUUGGCAUAUUUGCGAAGCAGGAUAUUUCAGUUGGAACAGAGCUGGCUUAUGAUUACAAUUUUGAAUGGUAUGGUGGUGCGAAGGUGCGUUGUCUUUGUGGUGCUGCCAGUUGUUCUGGAUUUCUUGGCGCAAAAUCCCGUGGUUUCCAGGAAGACACAUAUCUGUGGGAAGAUGAUGAUGACAGAUACUCUGUUGAGAAAAUUCCUCUGUAUGACUCCGCCGAAGAUGAGAUUUUCCUGCACACAGUUUCAAGUAGCUCAUCCAAGAUUGAAAUUGGUAGUGGUGAUAAGGAUAUGAUGGAUGCUGAUGAUAAGAUUGAUUCCACCCUGAUCAAUAUUGAUCCGCUUGCUUCUGUUGUGGCAAAUGGUCUAGCAUCUACUGUCUGCCGGAAGUAUCCUCUACCAAAGAAAAAGCUAAAACAGUUGAACAAGGGAAAAGCAAAAAACCUGAACCAAAGGGAAUUUAAUGCUAACUAUGUUGUCUCCCUUCUAGAAGCAAAAGAAGCACAACAAGAGAUCCUGGUGUAUGAGGAGAUAAAAAAUGAUGCAAGCUCCAAUCUAGAAUCUUUAUACAACGAAAUACGACCAGCUAUUGAAGAACAUGAAAGAGACACACAAGACAAUGUGCCGACAAGUGUUGCAGAGAAAUGGAUAGAUGCAAGCUGCUUAAAAUUGAAAUCCGAAUUUGAUCUAUAUUUCUCUAUCAUCAAGAAUGUGGUGUGCACUACAAAGAAGUCUGGUGACAUCAAGCAACCUGGUAGUGAUCUGGAUAAUGGGGUUAUGCUAUUGACUAAUCAAUGAUAUCACACUGUUAUAACCUAAUAUGUAGCUUCAUUUGUUGUCAUUGAGGUUUGUAAAUUGCAAUUGCAAGUGAAUAGGAAUAGGUUUGCCAACCGUUGUAGUUGUAGGCGUCCUCAUUUUUAUCUGUUGGGAGUAGACAAUAGACUAAUGUACAUUACAACUAUUCUUGCUCAGAAGAAUGAUUUAUAAGAGAAAGAAAAGAGGUUUUGAUA